UGAUCGAGUUUGGGCUGGAGUUGCUGAUCUUACGAAGGCCCCCAAGAUACUGAUUUCACGAAGUUGCUGGUCGGAUUCUGAAGGUUUACACAAGCGGCGGGAGAUCUCGGUUUCUGACAACAACCGGAGUGUUGCAGCGGAACUUGGCACGGGCGACUAUUGAUCUCUAAGCAGGGGCGGUGGGGCAGGAGGUAGACGGCGGCAGAGUUGUAAACAGAGGUUGACAGAUUUGAAGGAAGCAUAUAUUUCAUAAAUUAAGCUAACAACGUUUACAAGGAUUCUCCUCAAAUAACUCUGCGGCAUCAUGUUCAAAAAGUUUUCUACUGAGGAUGUGUCUGCUCAGAACCAAGUCAAGGCAUCGGUGCAACGGAAAAUUCGGCAAAGUAUAGCGGAAGAAUAUCCAGGACUAGAGCCAGUUUUGGAUGAUUUGCUUCCUAAAAAAGCUCCUCUGAUUGUAACUAAGUGUCAAAACCAUCUCAAUCUGGUUGUUGUGAACAAUGUGCCACUCUUUUUCAAUAUCCGGGAUGGGCCGUACAUGCCUACACUAAGGUUGCUUCAUCAAUAUCCCAACAUUAUGAAAAAAUUACAAGUAGACAGAGGUGCAAUAAAGUUUGUCCUUGCUGGUGCUAACAUAAUGUGUCCUGGUCUUACAUCCCCUGGGGGUGUGUUGGAUGAUGAAGUAGAAGCGGAAACACCCGUGGCAAUAAUGGCGGAAGGGAAGCAACAUGCUCUUGCUAUUGGCUUCACAAAGAUGUCAGCGAAGGAAAUAAGGGCAACAAACAAAGGGAUUGGAGUGGACAACAUGCAUUACCUUAACGAUGGUCUUUGGAAGAUGGAACGACUUGAUUGAGGAUGAUAUUUAAAAGAAACAACAUUAGGGGGACAGGUGUGGGGGGACACAACUUAGACCCUAAACUUAGAGAACAAACUUUGUUUAAUUAUCUAUACUUCGUGAGCUUCUCUGUUUUGUUGUUUGGACAGACAUGAACAGAAGAAGGGUAACAAGUCUCAAGAGCCUGUUUGUACUCCAUAUUUUUAUACUUUUUGAGGAAUCAAUUUCUCAAUUGUACUUAAAAUCUUUUUGCCCUUUGGCGUGAAUCUUCUAUCCAUGCACUUCUUCAAUAGUUAAACGUUGUCUAAGCUCCAA